CCCGUGUCAGUCAAAGUAAACUGGAGCUAUGAACAUUAUUGCGGGCUAAAGUCAUGUCAUCUGAGCCAUUUAAUUGGUACCCAAGUGACACAGGGGUGCAGCAGACUGCAUUCCGAAACUGCCUGCUCACUGUUGUGUUGCGUUAGGGCCGCAUGGCCGAGGAUAAUGUCCACAGAAACUUGAGUUAAGGAGUGCGCGCUGAAACAACUACCUUGAGUCCAGUAUUUCGGUUGGAGCGUGAUUGCCUUCAACUGCCUCAAAUUUACACGCGUUUCUCUGUUUACCGCAGAGCGACAAAGCAAGAGUGGAUUGACUACCUCUCACUGUAUAGACUAAAGACAACCGUUGCAUAUUGUUCCUCGCUCCUUCUCACAGGUGUCAGGAAGCGUCGGCUUUAAGACGGGACCUUAUGAGGACUCAUCGAAGCAGGUUGGAAAAGACUGAAGAAUAUUGUUACGAACUGGGUGCUGGUUCACCCUGUCACGAAUUUUCCUAGGUCAAGUUCGUGCUGCAGGAAUCAAUGAUCACCUCAGCCAGACGAGUGUCUCCUGACAAAUCUGAAGUUCGAAUCGCCUUCAGCCUCCAGGACCCUUCAGACUUAGAAGAUGCAGGAGACUCCCCCCGGUCCUUCCCUGACUUGGAGCAGAGACUACAGCCCGUGCCCCCCUGUGGAUCUCUGAGAGAGAGCGUUCAGGUGUACCGGGAGCACUGUAGGAUGGCUCUGGAGUUCCACCAGGUCAAGCACGAGAUCUCUCUCCUGGAGGACCGCAAGCGUGAGUUGCUGGCAGAGCUGGUGGAGGAUGAGCGGGUCGCCAUGGAGAUUGCCCGCCUGGAGGAGGAGUUCCAUGUCCUGUCUGAGGAGAACCGCACGCUGCUCACCGUCCACACUGAGCGCGCCCAGCAGCUGGAGACACUAAGCCUGACCAAUCAGAGUAGCCAGGAUUCCUCGUGACCUCCAACCUCCCCCAGACCCGGAGACACGGAGACGCAGGGCUGGCUCGGCACUGGGCGGAGAUGGAGGGGUUCAGCCAGUUUAACCACUGACCUCAGAGCUAGAAAAGCUUUGCCUCUGAAUGUUCAAUUCAGGAUGACUAUUUCGGUUUUUACUCUAAUUCUGUCCAGGUUUUCGGUCAACACUGCACAGAGAGACACUUAUAUGGCCAGCCCAUAGCUAUGCAGAAUGUUGAUUAAAAUGACGUUAAAGGACCCAUUAAAUUAGCUUUUUAGGAUGACUAGUGUGGUAAAACUCUUUAUACUGUAUUCACACUUUUGACUAGUUCAAUGCUUGUUCAAGGUUCCAUGACCAAUUGUUAUCCACAACCAUAUGAAAUGGGACAUUUAUGUUUCCUCUUUAUGGCUAUAGUGUAUCAAUGUGUCUUAUGGUUGGUCUGGACUCCAGGAGGAACAGGAACGUAUCCAACCUUCUGUCGUACAACGCUUAUAGAGUAAAUGGGAUGAGAGUAUGUAGAGGUUAGCUAGAUCUUAGCUAUGUUUGAUGCUCAGUCUCUGCAAGGACAUACGUAAGACCACAACAGUAUAAUAUAGAUAAUCUGUAAUGUAAAAUGAGGAACAGGUUGACAGAAUGUUGAUGUGUUUUGACACAAUUUUGUCUUCAGCAUAAACAUGUACCAAGCCCUACAGGAGAACACAUGCAAUACUUGGGUAUUCUCUUCUUUAUUAUGAAUAAAAAACCUUUACUUUGAACACCA